AUGUUCCCCGCCGCCCUCGUCCUCACUGCCCUCACCGCCACGGCCGCGGCCAAGCCCCUCACCCCGCGCCAGAUGGACUUCUUCGCGUGCACCACGACGUGCGCGAACGCGCAGAACGGCGUCGAUGCAGCGUGGGUCAUCGGCUCGCAGUGCCCGGCCGCCACGCGCGACGCCCUCCUCACCUGCGUCAACUGCCUCAAGGGCCUCCCGGGCUCCGAGCAGGCCAUGCUGCCCGCCACGCAGGCGCUGUACGACGAGUGUGUCAACGGUGCCGUGACCACGACCGUCUCGAUCCACCCUAGCGACCUUGUCGACGAGCCCGAGCCCAGCACGUCCGCCGACGACAACGACACCGUCACCGGCCCCGGGCGCACCAUCGUCGCGGGCGGCGUGACCAUCGCCGCUGGCCCCUCGGGCGGCGCGGUGAACGGCGGCGGCGCGGUCGUCAGCGGCGGCGGCUCGGCCGGCGUCGUCAGCAUCUCGGGUACCCAGAUCUCGGGCGGCGCCGGCGCCAGCGCCACUCCCACCGGCUCGUCGCACUCGUCGGCGACGUCGCACCCCGCCGGCGCCUCGGGUGCGUCGGGAGCCUCCCCCAGCCCCAGCGCGUCGAAGCCUAGCGCUGCGGCCGCCGCCGCGGGCGUUAGCUUCGCUGCUGUCCUCCUUGCGGGCGCUGCCAUGUUCCUCUAA